UCGGUCGGCUGUGUUCAGGCGGAAAGUUCUAGUGUUAUCGGGAAAACUCUAUUAAAUAAAUGUUUAAGUAUGAAUUUAGCGGCGACGCUUUACAUUUUAGUGUUUUACUUCCACCCUGUUGAGCUGUUUGGUGAGGGUGUCCAUUCCCUCAGUGGCUUUUUCAUCGGUAGUCAAGGCCUCAGCCUGCCCAGUUACAUGGAAAGAAUUACUAUAAAUGACAUUACCAUCUAUUACCAUGACAGCACAAAAAACUCCAUGGCACCAUGUCCCAAAUGGCUCAACAGCACCACUGGGCAGCAGCACUGGGAGGACAUCAGGGAUAUAUCACAUUUGAACAAACAGACUAUGACUACGGCUCUCGAAUCAGCCAUACAGCAGUUCAAUCUCACAGGCUCAUAUUCGGACAUUAAUGUGUACCAAGGCUACAGUCGCUGUGACCUCUAUCCAAAUGGCACGCUCAAAGCAUUCCUAACUCACGCAUUUAACGGAAAGGACUUCUUAAGUUUAGAUAUUGACAGUAAAACAUACAUCGCUUCUGUUCCUCAAGCCGAAAAAUAUAAGAGACAGAGGGAGCGAAAUCCAGGGUUGAUUGGAAUCACUGCGGCUUUCUACAAAAAAACCUGUUUUGAUCGCCUGAAGUUAUUCUUAACACAUGCUUCUGGAGUGAACGUUACGAAGGCUCCAGAAGUCAGGAUAGUUGAGAAGCAGACAAUGGGUUUCAACAUCCUCUCCUGUCAUGUGACUGGGUUUUACCCCAGAGCGGUGCAGGUGACAUGGACUGGGACAGAUUUACAGCUGGUAGAUAAUGAAAUGAAUGAUGUUGUCCCUAAUGGUGACGGCACGUAUCAGACCAGGAGGAGUGUUAUUAGACCUGAAGAGGACACAGGAAAUCAGCACUACAGCUGUGUAGUGCAUCACAGCAGCCUCAGAGAGGGAAAUAUUACAGUGAUCUGGGAUAAAGAACAGAAACAAAUCAGCCUCGCGGUUUAUAUUACACUAUGCUUCGUUGUCAUGGCGACUGUACUCGGGCUUGUAAUCAGAUGCAUCUUUAAACGUAAAGACACUGGGAUUUAAGCUUUUCUCUCAUAUGAAGAGAUUCAGCUUCUCACUUUCUGCCAUUCAGAGAUUUUUUGUUGGACAGCAUUACAGUUUAAGCAUCCUAUUUCUCCCAGAAUCAGUUAUUUAUUUUAUUUUGGCCAUAAGUGCCUCCUGUUUACACUUUUUAUAUAUUUUCAUAUAUAUAUAUGUUUUAUAGAUUA